AUGGGGAAAUUGAAUUACUCAGCGAGAAGGAUCACCGGUGUUAAAGCGGCACAGGUGGUAUCCAAAGACCUGAGAAAACGGAUCCCUCCAGGUAUCCACUCCAAAGCUGCCGCCAGAGACCCGACUUUGGAGAUCGAUGUCUCUGGCAAGGAACUGGCCAAUGAAGGCCUUGCCCAGUUUAUUGAUGACCUGAUUGAAUGUUCCAAGUACCGUGAUGCAGAUCAUACUGAGGGUCUGGCCAAAGUGACUGAGAUUCAUCUUUCGGGGAACAAGCUCACCGCGCAGUCCCUGGUCAAGCUGGGCGAUGUGGUUGCUCUCAACAGUGGUGAACUUCGGGAGUUCGACCUUUCCAAUAAUGAUAUCCAGAUCAAUACUCCCGAGGAGAAAGAAAGUUGGUACAAGUUCCUGAACUCCUUCUCAAACUGCUACAUGUUGAAGAAGCUUGACCUCGGAAGCAAUCCGCUUGGUCCUGCAGGGAUGGAAAUCCUUGCUCGUGUUUACAUCAAAAGUGACCUGGAUUUCCUUGAGGACGAUGCCGAUAUCAUUAUUGGGCCUAAGAGCGAUGAAGAAGAAGUUCUUGCCGAUGGCAUCGAGGCGCUGAAGAUCAAGGCGGGCAAGGAUCAUGAUGGUCAGAAGUCUGGCUGCUGUAAAAAGUCUCCGCACAAGGGAAAGUUUUUGAAACAAAGUAGUCGCAUCCACGUCGUCUCGGCCACCGCCAAAGCCAAUACUCCAACUGAGCUGAAGCGCUUUGCGUGUACCAGAGGGCUCCGCUCCAUCCCCUAUCUGAUCCUUUCAAAUACUUCCAUUACCAAUGGCGGAGCCGUCCAUCUCGCUAGCAUGCUAGAGAUACAGCGAACGCCCGAGCAACUUCUAGCAUUCCUUCCCGCCGGUAAAAUUUUGGCCUUGCCUGACACCGCCCAGUCUUGCAAGGGAAUAAUUUGGAAAGAGAAUGGCAAUCUGGUGCCGUAUGCAAAGCGACUGCUCGAGGUUGCUGAGGUAGUACGUGACUAUAAAGCCAUCUCAAACUCAGACGAAGAAAGCCUAGACGGUGAAGAGGAUCUGGACGGUACCAAUGGGCAGAACAACGAUCAUCAUCACAAUAACCACAAGAUGGACACCAUCAUGCAGUGGAAGAUGCAGAACAAAACAGACAUCGAGUUCACCCGACUUGCUAAGAGAGUUCGUAUGGAAGCCUUGAAAACCGAAGGUAUCCACAGCAUGGACAUUUGGAUUACUGCUUUGCGUAUGAUCCUCGUGUCCCGGGCAUUACUAUUGGAAGACAAAGAUCGCAUGGGUGACACUCCAUCAGAGGAUGAGACCUUGCCUGCCGAAGUCGAGGAAGAGCCCUCUGAGGAGUCUGCUGAGGAGAUGCUUGUUGAGGAGCCCGUCGACAAUGAUAUCGCCGAGCCAUUCUCUGACCCGGUCGAACCCGCGGAAUUAAAUAUGCUUCAUAUGCCCUCCGGACCUUUUCACCCUGCAGCCGAGUCUUUCGAAGCUGACUUCCCUGCUUUACAGUCCGUCUCUAACGGUAAAAACGAGGUAGCACCGGAGACCAAGUGCAACUCUCCUUUGUUCCCCCCCGUUCAGGCUACACGCUCGGGUAAGGGUCACCCUAGGGCGACCGGUGGAACUCGAUCCCCUUGCAAGAAUAUGUGGCGAUAUGGCCUUCCAUUCGAGCUCUGGCGCCGAAUCAUCGCAGAUGCAGUGGGGGCACAUGAUAUUUUGGACUUGCAGCAGCAGGAACGGAUCAUGCGCUAUGCUUCAGAUUGGAACACCUUUAGUUAUGAGAUGACUAUUACUGGCGCAGAGCAUCAUCAGCAGAUCUGGAAGAUCCUGGAGACCGUCAACUGCUUCACCUACAGUCCUCUGGAGUGA